AGGCAGCGCGCCGCUCGAUGCUCCAUUGUCUGAACUUGCAGCCUAGGCUGCCACGUCAAAGCCGCGUUGCGGCUUUGUUCUCGCGUGUCUUCACCCUAUAAAAGACCCAGGGAUCGCCAGCCUUGAAGACGCGGCAGCUCGACUCACCCUCAAGGGCCAGGGCCACACCAUGGACCCAGAGCAGCACGUUAGCGUCGUGUUCGCUACGUCGGUUGAGGACAUCAGCUUUGGCGAAGAACUGCUGUUCGAGAGCGAGGGAGACUCGCGCCCGUCGCGAUUUGUAUUCGCCCAACUGCCCACGGGACAAUACGUUAUUGCUGGCCGGGAGAUCGAUGUUGUGGGAAAUUUCUUCGAGUACGUAGUGCUGGGAGACGACACAAGGAUAGUCGCCUAUCAGGUCCUCCGCACGGUCAAGUGGACGACUGGAGAAAACUGGUAUUACGCUCAAUUCGCGACGGACGCGGAUUUCUUUUCCUGCAUCUCUUGCUUCUCGGCGGCUUUCGAUUAUCAGGGAGUACAGGAAUAUCGCGCAAUUCAGGAGGUCGUACGCCUGGAGGGUUCGCUUUCCAACUCUCUCCGAGCCGUGGGUUCAACGAACACAAUCCUGCACGAUGGUAUUCCGCACGAUGGUAUUCCGCACGACGGUAUUCCGCACGACGGUAUUCCGCACGAUGGUAUACCGCACGAUGGUAUACCGCACGAUGGUGUUCCGAAGCUUGACGACGUGCACGGCGAUUCCGAUAGGAGAACCUUGAGACACCCCCCCGACUGUUCCGACCAAACCACUCAUCUUGGCCCCGUGCUCUUCGGGGCCGCUGUUGGAAUCGUGCUGGGAUAUCUCAUGGGGCGGAAGUGAUUCCUGACUAGCUCUACGCGGCAAAAGAUGAGCUAAGACGUUGCGCUGCGUUGUAUUACUACCAUCGUUGUACUUAUCUCUGUAACGUGUGCCUGUCCUCUCGAUAUGUACGGGUGACCCUGCCACUCGCCGCGCGUA